AUGGGGACGCUACCGCGCCCACCACCGCGACGGCCUGACCGAAAGCCGGGUCCCCCCCAGCGCAUCGGGUUCGUCCCUGCCGAGGUCGAUCAAUUGCUGCCGCCCCUGUUCCGCCUGGACGCCAACACGUUCGACCGGGGCUUCGUGGUGGACGAGACCAUGGACGGCGUGUCGCCCGUGGACAGCGGGUUCACCUCCAGCAUCCGGCCGCGUCGCUACCUGCUCCACGUACCCGAGGCCGUCCAGCUCAUGCUCGAAGACCCGGCCAACAAGGAGAGGGUGCCGCUCGUCCUCGUCUUCCACGGCAUGAGCAGGACGUCGUGGUACACGGCGCUGAACGAGACGAAGUGGAUCGAGAAAGCGGACCGCGAAGGGUUCGUGGUGGUGUUCCCCCAGGCGCUGGGCGCCCACGACAUGUGGGGCGGGCGGACGGGGUGGGUCGUGCGCGGUGUGGGCGACAACAUCUACGCUCGGGAAGUGAUCAGUGACAUACUGCACGAGGCGGGACAUGUGAUCGACACGAAUCGCAUCUACGCCAUCGGCCUCUCCAACGGCGGGAUGUUCCUCACCACGCUCCUGCUCGACCCCGGCUUCCGAUUCGCCGCAGGCUGCGUCUACAUGGGCGGAUACGUGAAAGGGCACAACCCGUCGGCCAAUAGGGACCAUACCCUUACGCCUGUGCUCCUCAUCACCGGGUCCGAGGACAAAAUGCUGCCGUACUCGCGCGACGCCGAGCUGGUGUUCCGUGUUGCCGGCCACCCCGUCGAGUUCGACGAAGUGGCGGGGAUGGAGCACGAGUACCGCACGGAGCAUGAAGAGCGCAUAUGGGAGUUCUUCGCCAAGCACAGCCUGAAGCAGGAAUAG